AUCAGACUGAAAGUUCUUGUUGAAAACACUCUGUCAAGUGAUUAGCUAACAUGCCGAAACGGACCCGGUUACACGAGGAGGUGGAGGAGGACUGUACCGCUGAGACUGAAACGAUCCUCACUAAGUGUGUUUCAGGUGAUACAUCACUGAAUACAAAUGUGACUGAGGAGAAAGAAAAGGAGGAUAAUGAUGAGAAGGAAAGUGUUGGAAAUGGUGUUUCUCCAGUUUUGAUUUCUGUUCAAAAAAUGACAACAAGUAUCAACAAAGCCAUCAGCACAAAUGAAGUCCCAGUCAAAGAAAAACACUGCAGAAGUGCUAUUAUUGGUACUUUUCAAGAAAAGGGAGCUGGUACGUUUUGGAGUGUAAGCGGAAGAUUACCAUUACAAGGCAAUCCCAUAUCGUGCUGGAAAUUCUGUCACUGUUUACACAAAGUGCUUCGUGAAGGGCACUCACAUGCAAUAACAGACUCCAUGAAGUACAGAUCUCACAUUAUUGAUUUGGGAAAGCUGUGGGGUCAUUUAGAAGAAGGUUAUGGCAAACUGAUUGCUGCAUAUUGUACUUUAAUCGUCACAAAGUUGGAUUUUCACCACAAGAAUCCCAAAGUGCCCGGAAAUUUGCAAAUGACAGAGGAUGAAUUAGAUGCCUUAUCUGAAGGUGAUGUCAAUAAUUUUUUUCAGUUAACGGUUGAGUUAUUUGAUUACUUAGAUGCUGUACUCGGUGCGGAAGGGGCAGUUUUCAAUUCAUUUGAUCCACGGCGAUCUAAUUCUAUGACGUCCACCGGUCAGUGUCGAUUAGCACCGCUGAUACCGAUGAUACAAGAUGCCAGUCAGCUAUAUGAUCUGUCGGUGAAAAUACUCUUCAAAUUGCACGGAUGUCUUCCGGGUGACACGUUAGCUGGACAUCGAGAACGAUUUAAACAACAGUUCCGUGCAUUAAAGGAUUUUUUCCACAAAGCCAGUAACUUACAAUACUUCAAACACUUAAUACAGGUUCCUCAACUUCCAGAAAAUCCACCAAACUUCCUAAUUGCAUCUGAUUACAGUAGCCAUAUUAGUCCAGUGGUUGUUAUGGCGACCCAGGAUGAUGAUGUGGACAGCAUUAUGACGCCAGAUAGUCCGCCGUCUGUGAGUAGCAGCAGUAACCAAAGCAGAACUCCAGUAGAUGAGACAUUAGUUGUCUUCGGACAGAAUGUGGAUCUAUUUUCAGAUGAGACCAAACUUUGCAAACUGUUUGGAGAUGAUGAUUUUGCGUCACAAAAUGGACAGUUUGGUGCAUCACCACCACCAGUUCCACCUCUACCUGUGAAGGACGAGAGAGACCAAGUAAUAGAAAGAUUGAAACAAGAAAUCCUGACACUACGAAGACAGAUGGAUGAUAUGCGAGAUGUAGACCAGAGGCUUAUUGAUGGAUUAAAAAUGAAAAUUAACCAAUUAGAAACAGAUCUGAUACGAACUCAAGAGGACAGUGCCACCAUGAAAAUUAGACUUGAUGAAUCAAUCACAUUAGCUAGUCAAGUACCUCAAGAAAAAGUUGUUGAUCUUGAAAAACGUGUAAAAGUAAAUGAAGAAAAAUUUAAGAAAAUGAAAGAUGUCUACAAUAAUCUGAGAGAAGAACAUGUUAAGCUAAUCAGAAAGAAUGCAGAAGUAUCAAAACAACUCACGGUUGUUUCGCAAACCACUGAAGAAACCGAAAAGGCCAAAAAAGAAGCAGCAGAGUCGCUUGAACGGAUGGAGCUGGCCGUCAAAGAGAAGGAAGUAUCGUGUGUGGCUCUGAUCAAGAAAACUAAUGACCUUGAGGAAAUAAUUGUUGCAAAAACAGUCUCUGAAGAUGCCCUUCGGACGGAGAUUGAACACUUACAGAGGACACUUGAUGAUAAAAUUGCAUCUGAACAAGGACUUAGAAAGACGGAGGAGGGGCUCCAGAAAGCAGUUGAGGAGAAACGAGCUGCAGAGGAGGACCUCAGGAUGAGGGUUGGUAAUUUAGAAAGAACUGUGCAAGAGAAAAUGGAAGUAGAAGAAGAUUUUAGAAAACAAGUAUCAGAUUUACAAAAAACUAUUGUUGAAAGAACUACAGCAGAGGAAGCGUUGAAAAAGAAAAUGGAAGAGGACACAUUUGGUGUUUUAGUUAACUCAGUGGAAGAAGCAGAGGAUGUGAUACGGAAAGCUUUAGAUGAAAUGGAAAAUCCUCAAUUUUCGUCCUCGACUUGUACAGCAGAAUAUUUGUUGACGAGAAUGAAUUCAUUGGAAGAGUCGCUGAAUUCCACAAAGUCAAAUUAUGAUGGUUUUGCUGAUAAUAAUUCAGUUGUUUCAUCAUUGGUGAGAAGUGUUGCAAGUUUUUCACACUUACUUAGUGACUUUAUACUUCAUGGUAAAGCUACAUCACAUAUGGCACCUGUAGACCGAGGACUGGCGUUAUCAGAUCAUUGUAAAAGUAGUGGUGAGAAAGCUCUGGAGUUAUUAGCUGAAGUUAAACAAAAGAACAACAAAGACAGAGUAUAUGAGAGAACAGUGAAAGUACAAACUGUAUUGAAAGAUAUACAAAACAUUGCACAGGGUUUGGUGAUCAAAGAUGCAGAUGUGGGCAAAGAAGAACUCGGAGAUAUGGUGGACUUGGAGAUGCAGACGACGGCUGAACAAGUAGAUGAGGCAGUCAAGAGAAUUGAGGAAAUGUUGAAUAAAUCUCGAGAGGAGAGUUCUGGCAUACAAUUAGAAGUGAACUCCAGAAUAUUGGAUGCCUGUACUCUGUUGAUGAGGGACAUCAAAGUGUUAAUUAACCGAUCAAAAGUUUUACAGAGUGAAAUAGUGGAUGUCGGCAAGGGUACUUCAUCGUCUAAAGAGUUUUAUGCCCGAAACAACAGAUGGACGGAAGGUCUCAUAUCUGCUGCUAAAGCUGUUGGGUGGGGUGCAAGCGUUCUUGUUGAUGGUGCAGACAAAGUUGUCCUGGGUAGCGGUAAAUACGAAGAGCUGAUCGCGUGCUCUCAUGAGAUAGCAGCAAGUACGGCACAGUUAGUAGCAGCGAGUCGUGUCAAAGCUGGCGAUAAAAGUAAAACCAUGCAGUCGCUGCACACUGCAUCAAGAAAAGUGGCUGAGUCUACUGCUAACGUGGUCGCAACUGCCAAAUCUGGGGCACAAAUGAUUGAAGAGAAAGAUACAAUGGACUUCAGCAAGAUGACACUGAUGGAGACAAAGAGACUGGAGAUGGACUCCCAAGUAGAGGUGCUGGAGCUGGAGAGUAGACUGGAAAAAGAACGACGGAAAUUAGCGGGAUUACGGAAACAACAUUAUCAACUUGCAGGGGAGAGUGAAGGCUGGGAUGAACAGGAUCAGGAAGCGGCGCAAGAUGCUGUAGAUGCUGCAGCUCGUAACUGAGAUUGUUGUAAAUUAUAGCUGCACAUAUUAAAGUCGUCAUAAUAAUCCGUACCAACUAGAAUUUAUUUAUUUUAUUAAAAUUCUGUAUUUAAUAAUUAUAAUUCUAGCUUUCCCCAUCGUCACUGUAUUUUAAUGUAGCACAUAUAUUCAUUUAAGUUUCAAUGUGUACAUCAGCAGCUAUUUAAUGACAAUAUUUGUGUUAUUAAUUAUUUAAUUAUGCCAUUCUGUGUCUGUUACUAAAUGCACACUGAUAAGGAAAUAUUUAUUUUCUGAAAGCUUUGAUAAAUCAGAGAGUUUGAUGGCGUAUGACGAUGUCAAAAGAUCGAUGUCGGAUAAAAAACUUAUUUCCUUUAGUUUGG